CCUCUGCUGCUUAUCUAUGGUUCCGCCAACGGUAUGCCCAAGGAGGGCAAAACAAGAAACAUCAUCGAGAAAAUGGACGAAACUGGAAAGAACUGCGUCGUCUUCUUUGGAUCUCAAACAGGAACGGCAGAAGAUUAUGCGUCCCGUCUUGCAAAAGAAGGGGCUCAACGGUUUGGUUUGAAGACAAUGGUCGCUGACUUGGAGGAUUACGACUUCGAGAAUCUGGAUCAAUUUCCUGAAGAUAAGCUUGCUUUCUUUGUUUUGGCUACUUACGGUGAAGGAGAACCAACCGACAACGCGGUGGACUUCUACCAGUUCAUGACCGGAGAAGAUGUUUCCUUCGAGGGAGGCGCUUCCGCUGAGGAGAAGCCGCUGUCGUCUUUGAGAUACGUCACAUUCGGUCUAGGCAAUAACACGUACGAGCAUUACAACGCGAUGGUGCGCCAGGUCGAUGCCGCAUUGACUAAACUCGGCGCUAAGAGAAUCGGCACUGCUGGUGAAGGUGACGACGGAGCUGGUACCAUGGAAGAAGACUACCUCGCCUGGAAAGAACCGAUGUGGAACGCUUUGGUGGAAGAAAUGGGUUUGGAGGAGCGUGAAGCUAUUUAUGAGCCCACAUUCUCCAUUGUUGAGGAACCGGACAUGUCACCAGAGUCGGAGAGCGUCUACGUGGGCGAACCGAAUCAGAACCACCUCGAAGGAAACACAGCUGGCUCCAACAAUGCACACAAUCCAUUCAUCGCGCCAAUCGUCGAAUCUCGCGAAUUAUUUACGGUCAAGGACCGUAACUGCCUACAUAUGGACAUUAGCAUCCAGGGAAGCACGUUGAGUUAUCAGACUGGCGACCACCUGGCUGUCUGGCCGACGAACGCGGGCAAAGAAGUCGACCGUUUUCUGCAGGUUUUUGGUUUGGAAGACAAGCGCCAUACUGUGAUCAAAAUCAAGCCUAUUGAUGUGACGGCAAAGGUGCCGUUCCCUACCCCGACCACUUAUGACGCCGCUGCUCGCUACUACAUGGAAAUUUGCGGGCCUGUUUCUCGACAGUUUAUUGCAACCCUAGCUCAAUUUGCUCCGGAUGAGGAUACGAAAAACACGAUGAAGCGCCUUGGGGACGACAAGGACCAUUUCCACGACCGCAUCUCCACCCAGUUCUACAACAUUGCGCAAGCUCUCCAGAGCCUCACGUCGAAGCCAUUUACGUCUGUCCCUUUUUCGCUUCUCAUCGAAGGUAUUUCCAAGCUCCAGCCACGCUACUACUCGAUCUCGUCCUCGUCGAUUGUUCAGAAAGAUAAGAUCAGCAUUACUUCCGUUGUUGAAUCCAUCCGCGUGCCAGGCGCCGGCCAUGUCAUGAAGGGCGUCACCACAAACUACCUCCUUGCGUUGAAACAAAAGCAACACGGCGACCCCAGUCCCGAUCCCCACGGCUUAACCUAUGCUAUCACCGGUCCAAGGAAUAAGUACGACGGUAUUCACGUUCCAGUCCACGUUCGUCACUCGAAUUUCAAGUUGCCCUCCGACCCGUCCAAGCCGGUCAUCAUGGUCGGUCCUGGAACCGGUGUUGCGCCAUUCCGCGGAUUCAUCCAGGAGAGAGCACCGGCAGGCCGAACGGGGAGACAAA